AUGUGUUAAAUUAAUAAUGAUAAUAAUAAGAAGGAUACUAUAUUUGCUAAUCUUACAAGCCAGCAAGAUAAAUUUGACUUAAUCCAAGGGUACUAGUAGAUUUAUUAUUAUUGAAAGACAUCUCAAGGGAAAAUUGUUGAGAGGUGGAGCUCUACCUUAAACACUUAAACGUUUCCAACCACUCUUCUCUGUGACAAUAUUUAAUUAAUGCUCUCUUUAAAUUAAAUCAUGA